AUGGCGCCUGUCGAGAACAACAUUGUCCUACCACCACCUGAACGUCAGCGAAACGCACUGUCACCCUCCGGGGCCGUCAUGCCAGAGCCAUCCUUGUCCUUGUCUCAUGUGCAAUGUGGACCUCAAUACGCCAACGGUUUUGCACAGCGCCAAUCCAUCGGCCGAGAAUUCCUACGGCUACGCCAUGAAACUGCAAUGGCCCGAAAUGCACCCGGUUCUCUGCAUCGUCUGGUGUCUUUUCAGCCGGGCCCUGCGUCGUCUAGAAUGGAACCAGACCAGCGUACUAUCGACUCUAUUAUUGACCAAUCUACAGCCACCGGCGUCAACAACCGCACCGGUCAUGUACCAGCGAAUUUCCCGCCAUCUAUUCCAGCGGUUGGAAUCGACAAUGACCAGCCCAUAUUUCAACAUACCCACCAGGGUUUCCCUGUGAUUUCAUCUCAAUACCCGAUGAAGUCCCACCUGGAUUCUCAAUCUCAUCGCCAUGUCUCCCAGGGGUUCUGGCCAUACCGCAGCCUGGGGUCAGGUCAAGGCCUUGACGAAUCCAGGCGCUGA